UAAAUAGCUAGAACCCUGCUCGGACCGAACUAUCCAGUUGCCAGGACGACGAACUGGAUACAGAAGUGACGGCUCCUGGAUCCGGAAGAACUUCUUGCUUCAUCGGAAUCGGUACCAACGGACGCUAAAAUCUUUCUACUGCUUCAAAACAGGUGACCAGUUGACCUUUAUGAUGGCGACCACCAUUAGAUUUGGAAGCGCCUGCGGCCCGUGCGGGACGUCUACGUCUGAAAGGGCGACCGUGGCAGAGGAACAUGAUAAGGGAAACUGUGACCCGGAGAAACUCCUGCAGUGCCCCUAUGACAAGAACCACCAGAUCCGGUCCUGCCGCUUCCCCUACCACAUUAUAAAGUGCAGGAAGAAUCAUCCACAGCUUGCCAAGGAACUGAAAACCUGCCCUUUCAAUGCUCGCCACCUGGUCCACAAGCAUGAGCUGGCGCGCCACAUUGAGGCCUGUGAGGACAGGAUCUCUUUGGACCCUCAGGAUGAUGAAUCCUCAAAUAGACGUUCUAAGUGGCCUGUGACCUGCAGUACUUGGGUUAACCCACACACGACUGAGAACUGGGACAACGAAGUUGAUGAGUAUGCUGCUCCAUUUGUGUGGGGUACCAGCACCACUUUGACUCAAGAACUGGACACGAGGCCGGUCAACGAUCUUGGUAUUCGAGCACCCAAUACCCUCCCAUGGUGUGCUUUGGACCAGAACCGUAAUUAGUGCUUCGUGUACAUAGGCACAAAUUAUAUAAGUCCAUAAUGUAGGUUUUGGUUUUUCUAGUGCAUUUAGACAUUUUUUUAAUUGAACUUUGCUCAAUUGUGAAGUCCUGUUUAACUUUUUUGAAGUCUUGUUAACUGACUUGGCACAUUUCUAUAAUUAGAUAGUUAUUGCGAUUGCUGUUUGUUUGUGUGUGUAUAUGUAUAUAUAUAUGUAUGUAUAU